AUGAGUUCUCUAGAAGAUAACCAGAGGAUAUGGAACGGAGUCGAUUCGCAACUCCUUUCCGGACUUCUUGCUAAGAUAAAUACUUCAUUGGAAUGUGCUAUAUGCUCUGAGCUAAUGCACAUUCCCUUUAUAACCUCAUGUGGGCAUUCAUUUUGCUACGAAUGUUUGACAUCAUGGUUUCAAAAUAAAUUGAAUUGCCCUACUUGCAGAAGAGAUUUAGAGCAACCACCGACUCUAAAUGUCCAGUUGAAGACGAUUAGUCGAAAUAUCACAGAUUUGAUGAUAGAGAUUGAUAAUGACCAAAAGGAAGAAAUAAUAAAUUCUCGAAAUACAGCCGAUUCCGAAUACCUACAAGCUUUGGAGAACAGAACUCUAUUUGAUGAGAUUUUCAAGAGAGCAAUUACCUUAAUAGAUAAUUCUGAUGGAGUCCCUAGAUGCGGGAAUUGUCAUUGGGAGGCGCAUGGAUCUGUAUGCUUACAUUGCGGUACGAGAUUCCGAAUCCCCAUGGAUGACGACUAUUAUGAUUCCGAUAAUGGUGAUGCAUAUGAUGAAGAUGACCAAGAAGAAGAUGAUGGAAGAUUGUUGAGACAUGCCAAUGAAAUGUACGAUUCAGAAGAUAGUUUUAUAGAUGAAAGAAGUAUGUUGGAUAUAGAGGCAGAUUUAGAUGGUGAAGUGGAUAUAUUAUCUACUGAUGAAGAAGAUUGGGCUGGUUUUGAACCAGAUGAGCAUGAGGGCCAUAGUCAGGCUGAUCUGGAAGGAGAAGGUGGAGAAGGGGAGAGCGAAGACCUAGAGAAUGCUCUAAACCGCUUUGACGAUGGAAUUGAAGCAGCCCAAAGUCCAGAAUUUGUACAUAGUGACGAGGACGAAGGUGUAGCCUCCAGUAGAGGUAGUGUGCGUAGAGGAAGAAGAACAAUCGAAGAUGAAGACGAAGAUGAUUAA